GGACUGCUCCAGAUGAGGUGCAAAUGUUCGGUUUGUUUGAUUCGACACCGGUAUGAAAGCAAGGACUUUCUCCCGAUGGUGAAUAAAUCGUCUUAGACUUGCUUCAAACUUUCACUCUUUUAAAUUGCCCUCGACAAUAUCCUUUUUUCCUCUGCGUUCCAGAGUUUGCGCUCCCCUGGUCCACAGCUUGAUGGUGGGUCAUAAACCACUUAGAUUUGUAGAGAAUGGGACAAAGACGGUGAACUUAACACCGGACUGCUUUACAAGCCUCACAAAAGCUUGCAGUCUGUGCGUCGGCACCUUGCAACCCUCGACUCGCUCUCGAGAGGUUAAAUAACGAGGGUUUCUUCUCAUCCUCUUGUGUGGAAUAUCUGUGCUGUGUGGCUCAUUUUAACUGGAAAGUUAUGUGUGUACAUUUACACUGGAUGCAGCAUUAUUUGCUCUCGGGGCCUCCAAGCCAAUCAUGUUUCCGUGUACGAGACCCAUCGGUCUACUUUCUCCUCGCUGUGUCUCAGCCUUCUUCUCUUUCACACGUUCAUAAACCCACUCCAACACCAACAAACACGGCAGCUUUCAGGCAGACAAUGGGGUUUUUUUUUUUCUUCUUUUUCACGCCAAAAGUCACACUGCGGCGACAACAGUUUCUCUGUUUGAGGUGUUAGUUUCAUGAGUUUUACAGUGCGUUUACCUCACUCGCAUGACGAGACGUCGAGGGAGCUUUGCCGCUAUGUUUUUCUGCACCAAUUCAACGUGUAAAAAUGUUUUCUCCGUUUGUGCUCCUGGUGUUUUUUGGGGGUGAUUUCUUAACUAACGUCAACAGUUUGUCAAUUGUGGUUCUGCUGAAACGAAACAGGGCUCUGUUUCGCUGACAUUCACGCGACAAGUGACAAUUUACCAUUUGUAUUCCUCUCGAGGUUUUUCUAAUGUGCGAUUUUGUCAACCCCUCCGAGCACCUAAAUUAAGCCAUUUGUUUGGUACGUAAAAUGUCUCUUUGCUCAGCAUGGCUGGUCUUAUUUAUGCUCACCACAAUAAUUAACUAUCUCUGUUCUUUAUAGAACAAUGAAUUGGAGAUUUAGCACUGCAGAUUAGCCUCAUCCCUGAUUGGUAAUGAGUAGCAUUUAACUGUGUUACAGCUCGUAGCAAACGGCGCCUUUAAUACCAUCUCCUUUGUCUCUGUUUUUGUGUUUGUCGAGUAUCCAUCGAUCAACCUCAGUAACUCUCUGUAUCUUUCUCUCUGUAUUCAAUUAAACGUGCUGUACCGGCUUCACCUUCGGGCCUUGCCUGGAGCCUGAAGGUGAAGCUUGAGAUGUACUCGCCGAUCUACGCUCCACCCCUCACCUUUAUCCACAAGCUCUGGGUCCAUGACCAGGAGGAUGAAUCUGCAGAUACAAGUUGACUCGUCCCUCAAAGUCCUCGCGGCGCAGCAUUUGCAUCUGUCAGCAGAUUCUCAGUGCUCAUGGUCCUGUCCGUGUCCAUAUAUCCCGGGCUGUGGUCCAUCGGGGUCCAGCUGUGUUCAGUCUUCACGGGGAGCUACGUGCACGGCCACCACUCCGUUGUUCUCAUCAACAGCCCCAACGCACAGGCAGCCAAGGACAUCGGCAGGGCCAUCAUGGAGAGGCGGCUGGCAGCCAGCGUUAACAUCCUCUCCAGGACCUCGACAAUGUACUAUUGGAAAGGAGAAAUCCAGGAUGCCAGUGAGGUGCUGAUGCUGGUGAAAACGAAGACCUCCCGGAUUCAGCAAGUCACGGACUACGUGAGGUCCCUCCACCCUUACGCAAACCCAGAAGUCCUCAGCUUCCUGGUGGAGGACGGCAGUCCGCCGUACAUGAAGUGGAUGGAUGAAGCCAUUCCAGACGACUGACGACCAGCUGAGGGCGAAGCCGGUCUCUGCGUGGGCGUCGGCCUGAGCGAGGAGGCGGAGCCAUGCGUGCAGGCCCGCUGCGGGCGGGCUCAGGAGGCGCUCUGAAGUUCUCCGUUUGAUUUCAGUGCGUGAAGGAGCUUUUGAACCACAGACAGACAUUGCUUGAUGGACUGGCAGGUGACGCUGUGCAUUUUAUAACAGGAUGCCUCUAACAAAGUCUCUUUUUCGACUCAUCACUUUUAAGGCAAAGUAUAUUUAUCUUUAGCUGACCUGCAUGAUACUACUUCUGCUUCAUGCCAGAUCUUUCUUAGUAAACCUUGACUGAUGAAACUGACACAUGCACAAUUUAUUUAAAUAGAAGACGACGGUAAGGAGCCAUUAUGAGCCAUGACGUUACAAUCCAAGGUGAUCAUAUUUAAGAGUUAAUGGCUUUUGUCAGUGUUUAAAUAGAACCUUCACAAACCUUUACAAUGGAAUAAAAAAUAAUUUGGUCCAGUACAAACAUUCAAAUGAAUAAAUAUAGCACAAAGAUAAAAGUAAUCAAAAACUUCAGCUGUGACUCAUCGCUGUCAUGCAUUUCCUGCUUGCACCUUAUUGCUAGAUUUACAUUGCUUUUAUAGAUAACCCUCUAUCCUCUAUUUAAUCCUGUAAUAGCAGCAAUCUUUGCGUUCGUGCAUUUGAUUAAACAAGCCCUCUCGCUCUGCUUUACAUUCAUGUAUUCAUUUAAGAUGGCAUCACUUAUGUAGGCAGGUCUAACAUGAAAAUAGUUUCUGCUUAUUGAUGGCGUGACUAUACAACACGGAUGAAUAUCGGAAUAGAGUAAUUGGUACAACAGUCAUGUUACAACUGAGGAUUAAUAAAGAAAAUGGAUGCGACGGACUGCCCUUUGCAUCCUGAAGAGGUGAUGCUGAUCUGGUCUUCCCUUGAAUAAAACAUCCUUGCUCUCCACA